CUCUCCACCCCGCUCGUUGACCACAGUUCGACAGUCUACUCUUUCUGUGUCGGCCGACUCCCUCGGCGGAUUUAGCCCGAUUGAUAGUAAUGAGUUUGGGGCGCUCAGACAUGGUUGGAGUUGCCCUGGGAACGGCCUUCUCCCUCCUGCUCCUUGCCUCAAUAACACAAGGGUACAAGGAUUUUAAAAUAUUCCAUCAUGAAAAGAUCGAAGCAGUACUGGGCCAGAACGUUACGUUGCCAUGCACCGUAAAAAGCAGUUCUACUGUCGUGAUUGUGAAUAUCGAAUGGAGAAAGAAACAACAUGAAGACACAAAGCUGGCUGUGUACACCCCAGGUCAUGGACUCCAUCUAUUUUGGCCUAACAUCACUUUGCAGAUCGAGAAUAACUCGAUGGGCUCCCAUCUUCAGCUUUACGGAGUGACAACGCAGGACAGUGGUAUCUACAUUUGUUACAUUACAAGUUUUCCUCAUGGCUCCUACUGGAGAGAAACAGUGCUCGAGAUCGAAGAUGACGUUGAUAUUACUUGUGAUGAGGAUAGCGCAGUCGAGGUCCAUGCUGGAGAAAAUGUGACCAUUAAGUGCCAACUGUUCCCUGAUGCAAAGUACAAGUGGACCAAGAAUAAGGCGCUGGUGUCAGACAGCGACUCCCUGGAGCUCUGGUUUGUGGCUGAUGCUCACGCAGGGGUUUAUGCACUGACCGUCAACAUCGGAAACAAGACUGUGCAUAAAGAGUUUGUCAUCACGGUGCUGACAGCAACCACAAGCACCAGGACGGAUCUUGAGACGGUCACGUCACAGUCUAAUUCCACCGAGGAGGGUUGGAUGGAAUCAGCAGCCGGCGGCCUUACCACAUCACCGACCACCGCCCGGUCAAACACUGACCCCGGUGUUACUCAGGCCGUAAAGACGAGCACUGACGUAAAAGAUGUCACGGCUGCAGAGGACGUGACCUCUUUUACAAAUUCCACACACGAGGGUGUGACGGCAUCCCCCGCCACUCACAAUCAUCCCUACGUCCUCAACAACUCCACCGACCAGGAGCUACACACAACUCACAAUUUUACCACAUUCGCUCUUCCUGAUCGCAAUCUGUCCACCACAUUGAGUCACAGUGAUGAGGUUUUCGGAUCAACACACGAGACAAAGAAUGAGUCGGUGGAAGACGGCCGUGGUCCCGCCCCAACUCUGAACACCGGGAGCACGACAGGGGUUGUUGAGAAUGAAGGUACUGGGGGCGCGAAGAGUCAUCUGAUGUUGUUGGUAAUUAUUGUUCCAGUCCUGGUGUUGAUAGCCGCCGUUGGCUUCCUCUACUUCAGACAAAAACAGAAUGAGAGGUUUAAUCUACCGCCUCCGUUCAAACCUCCUCCUCCUCCAGUCAAGUACACAGCUGCAAGACCCCGCGAGGUCUCGACACACCCUUUUGCCACUUCAAGGUGCAACUCUGUGACUCAAGUUUAAGAUAUAAAACCAAAUGAUUGUUAAAGCAUAAUGCAAAUCUAUUGCCAAUGACAGUUGAUACAUUGAAUGUGCGCUGUAUCCUAAUUUGGUUACAUGCAGAAUUACAAAAUGCAUCACCUGCAGGUAUAGAAAGUGAAAAAUGCAGCUAUGACAGAGGCAAUUGUGCAAAUGUGGGCUUUGCCCUCAGGGGAGUCCUAUUCUUUUGUAAACAAAGUUGCGUAAAUAUUCCCCAUUUUUCUCCAACUUCAAAAAUAAACGUUUAAUUUAACCCUGGGGAGCUGUGGCUCAGGGGGGAAUAGAAAAUCAGAAGCAAGAGGACUCUUAACGCCUAGUUGCCCCUCGAAGGCUUCGUCCAUGGUAAAAGAAUGUGCGUGAAGGGUUGGUUAGUGGUGAUGGGCCCCUUGCAUGGUAGCCCUUGCCUUAUGUGGGUGUGAAUGGGGGAAUGACAUUUAAUGUUAAUGUUAAAUGAGCAUGGCAGGGAAAGUGUUUGUGUUAUUUACCUUCUUUUGCCGUAUUCUUGCAAUAUUCUAUAUGAAUUAUUGUGUCUUUCUAAGCUUCAAAAUUGUAUGCUGCAAUAAAUAAACAUUAUAUUUUCAUGAAA